AUGCGUAUGGGGAGUGAGCAACAGUGACCGAGGAAAACAACAACAACCACUGGGACAAGGGAAGAGAAGAUGUCUCCAUGAAUACAAGCUUACUGAACCCGUAACCUGUUACAAUCUAUAACCCACACGACUGCUGCUUUCUCUCUAGGCUUGAUUAGAUGGUGUUGGGCCCAUGAACUUGGCUAGUCAGAGCGGGGAGGCCGGCUGUAGCCAGCUUCUCUUCGCCAACUUUAACCAGGACAACACGUCCUUAGCAGUAGGAACCAAAUCAGGCUACAAGUUCUUCUCCCUGUCUGCAGUGGACAAGUUGGAACAAAUUUAUGAAUGUACAGACACAGAGGAUGUGUGUAUUGUGGAGCGUCUGUUUAGCAGUAGCCUGGUGGCUAUCGUGAGUCUGAAGGCUCCCAGAAAGCUGAAGGUCUGUCAUUUCAAGAAGGGAACAGAGAUCUGUAACUAUAGCUACAGCAACACUAUACUGGCGGUCAAACUCAACAGACAGAGGCUGAUCGUAUGUCUGGAGGAGUCUCUCUACAUCCACAACAUCAGAGAUAUGAAGGUUCUGCACACCAUUAGAGAGACACCGCCAAACCCCUCUGGCUUGUGUUCCUUGUCCAUCAGUAAUGAUAACUGUUAUCUAGCCUACCCUGGCAGUGCCACCAUAGGAGAGGUCCAGGUGUUCGACACUGUUAACCUGAGAGCAGCCAACAUGAUUCCAGCUCAUGACAGCCCUUUAGCAGCUCUGGCAUUUGAUGCUAGUGGAACCAAACUUGCCACAGCCUCUGAGAAGGGUACUGUGAUUCGUGUGUUUUCCAUCCCUGAGGGACAGAAACUAUUUGAGUUCCGUCGAGGAGUCAAGAGGUGUGUGUCUAUCUGUUCACUGGCCUUCAGCAUGGAGGGUCUGUAUCUAUCUGCCUCCAGCAACACUGAGACCGUCCACAUCUUCAAACUAGAGACACAAAAAGAGAAGCCCGCAGAGGAGCCCACUACAUGGGGAGGGUACCUGGGAAAGGUUCUGAUGGCCUCAACCACUUAUCUGCCCUCGCAGGUGACAGAGAUGUUCACUCAAGGAAGAGCCUUCGCCACUGUACGCCUGCCCUUCUCUGGACACAAGAACAUCUGCGCCCUAGCCCUGAUCCAAAAGAUUCCCCGUCUGUUGGUGGCAGCAGCUGACGGUUAUCUGUACCUCUACAACCUGGACCCACAAGAGGGAGGAGAGUGUACCCUGAUGAAGCAGCACAGGUUAGACGGCAGUGCUGAGCCUCCCAAUGAAAUCCUGGAACAGGGGUCACAUGACCGCCCCCUUAACGCACAGACCUACAACAGUGCGGCAACUAAAGGUUACUGUGAGGAGGUGGGUGCUGUGGGAGGGGCAGGACUAGAGGAUGAUCUCAGCGACCUGCGAUUGGAUGAUGAGAAUGAGGAGCAGCCACCACUCAUCCUGGAGACGGACUGAAUGACAGCUGCAGCAACUAAUCAGAGAGCUUCUCUGUUGCUGCUAGCAACAUGCGAAAUGGGGGGGGCGUGAUUAAAAAACGCUCAGUGUUCCACAGCCUGUCUGUCUGUCUGUGGAUUUAUAGAUGUUUGCUCCUUCUCCCUCCCCUCCCUCUAUCCACCUUUCCAGAUGACCCCAACCAUCCUCUGUCCAGAUGACCCCAACCAUCCUCUGUCCAGAUGACCCUAACCCUUCCUCUGUCCAGAUGAUCCUAACCCUUCCUCUGUCCAGAUGACCCUAACCCUUCCUCUGUCCAGAUGACCCUAACCCUUCCUCUGUCCAGAUGACCCUAACCCUUCCUCUGUCCAGAUGACCCUAACCCUUCCUCUAUCCAAUUGAUCCUAACCCUUCCUCUGUCCAAUUGAUCCUAACCCUUCCUCUGUCCAAUUGAUCCUAACCCUUCCUCUGUCCAAUUGAUCCUAACCCUUCCUCUGUCCAAAUGACCCUAACCUUUCCUCUGUCCAGAUGAUCCUAACCCUUCCUCUGUCCAGGUGACCCUAUAGCUUUGCAUGUACAUGUGCAAGAUUAGAUGUGCAUCGCUGUAACUGAACCGCUCUCGUGUGUGUGCGUGAAUGCGUUUGCGUGAAUGUGUGUGUUUGCGUGCACAUCAGACCUCUUGUCAGAAGCACUGUGAUGUGUUCUGUUAAUGGUCACACCUACACACAAACACACACACACGCACAAUGUUGAAUGAAAGUGUAAGUGCCUAUCUGCCCAUCGUCAUGGUUACUACAGACUAAUAAAUCUGUUAUCAUCAUGGUUACUACAAAAUAAAGCAGUGUAUUUUCAGAUUUUUGAUCUUACUUCAACGUCCUUUCUGCUUCUAAACUCACACACCCAUGAGCACAUCUCAAAUGUUGUUGUUAAAGGAUGUUGCGAAAGCUUCUGACAUCAGGUUUGUGUAAGUGUCAGCUGGGCAUGUAUAUUAGCAUAUGUUAGCAUUAGCUUCCCCAUUCACUCAACCUACCCAAUCAGUUGGAAGCUCAGUGAACAAGCCCUUCCCCUCUGGCUACAGAUACUGGUCAAUGAGAUCUGUAAAACCAAUCUGAUAGGGUAAGGAACUGGAUUCCUUUGCUCUGUGUGUGUGUGCGCGCGCAUGCGCUAGUGAGAGAGAGAAAAGUGUGUAUGUGAGAGAGAGAGAAAAGUGUGUGUGUGAGAGAGAGAGACCAGGGAUGUAGCCAGUGGAGAAUGUUGGUAACAUUAACAGGCAGUGCCUGGAUGCUGUUCAGCCUAAUUGAAUACCUACAUCCCUGGAUGAUUCAUUGGUCAAAAACAAUAGGUAGUAAAAUCAUUAAGAUUGGGUGUGUCCACUGGGUCUUGUCAAACACCUUCCCUGGACCCCCAAGAUGAGGUUGAGCCGCUAGAGACAGGUCAUGUGACCAGACUUUUUCGAAUGAUUCAUGAUUUUGUAUAAAAUGUGAAAUAAAUUGAUCCGAAACAAAAUAAAAUCCAUGUUGAUGUAA